AUGGUGAACUAUGGACCAUCCGGAGCCUGCCAUGCAUGCAGGGAGAAGCGUAAAAAGUGUGACCAAAGCCGUCCUGAUCUGGAAGUAGAGAUUUCUGAGCCUCCGUCCUCCCUCCCACAUUCUUCCGCAAUCGUCAACAAAGUAUCAAAAAAGUUUAGUGUUCUGUGUACACCGCUAUUCAAUCAGUCAAGCUCGGCCAUAGAUUUCUUUUACGCAAGUACAGUGUCCUUGGUGCGAAAAGCCAAAGCUUUGCUGGACAACGAAGCCGAAGCCACCGUUGACCAACUUUGUCAACUCAAGUCUGAGGCUGAACAAUUGAGAGAGGCGUACGAUACGUGGCCAGCCACCGUACCUCUAGAAUGGAUACCAAAGUCAGUUGGCCUUAUUACACCUAAGGCUGAAGACACAUUGCCCCAAGUUGGCUACUGGCCAACAACCAUUCUGAGUUAUUACGAUUUAUAUAUUGCUUCGCUAUGGAACAACUAUCGGAAAGCUGCUCUGCUGAUGUUGAGUAUCAUAUUGAGAUGCCACUAUCGAAUCAAUGGCGAUUUGAGCGACCGGAUAUUCGAAUACUCAAUACAAAAAGACAUAUUGAAGCAGAGCGAAGGGAUUGUAUCUUCUAUUCCAUAUCUUUUAACAGCAGAUUUGCCGGCAUUUGUUGAGAAUGCUGCCAAGAGAUCUCCUCCCAUUAUCCCGGGUCAACCAAUCGGAGGUUUGCUGUCGAUGCACACUUUAUUCGUCCUAGCAACAUUGCCCAUGAUUGAAGAGGAGUUAAGAAUCUACGCACGGGAUUGUUUGGCGUGGAUAGGGGCACACAUGGGCAUCGGUCAAGCAACCGUCUUGUCCAAGUAUACGAAACUGAAUCAAUUUCAGUAUGCCACGGAAGCACGUGUAAUUAUCUGGACGGGCAUGCUUAUAUAG